AUGGAUGAGGCCAGGGAUGGAAAGCCUAUAUGCUUAAUACCCGUCAGUUUUAUGUCUGCGGCCGAUAACAUACUGUUCCUCUUUACCAACGCCCGGUCCACUCAAUACGCACCGGGAGAAUCGGGACCGGCGUUAAGGUCCGUCAUAGAAUGUAAUCGCUUACUCGAGCGCAUUGUCUCCCUUUCCCCUCACAAAGUAAUGGACACCAUAUCGCUGAAUACAACCAAACAAAAUGUCCAACUAUUAGUCGAACCAUUGGUGGAAACAUUGAAAACAUUAGUCACAAACAUAGUAGAGUGCGAGAAACGGUUGAGUAAAUUACCGGCGCUUAAGGGUAACUCUCAGGCGGAUGAAUAUGUGCCGAAAUUCAUAUUAAAUCCGACACAAUUGGAUGAGCCAAAUAUGGUGUGCACAGCCAAUGAAUGCUGUGUCAAUAAAGACAUCCCUGUUGAGAUGAUCCAUGAUAGAGGGGAGAUCAAACGUACCGAAGCAGAUUAUAAAGAGUUGUCCACAAAGUACUCGCACUGGAAUUAA